UGCUCCUCCCUUCAUCAUCAACAUCCUUCUGUCUCGCAGCUUCUGCUGUUGCUGCCUCACUAUCUCUCCCUACCUCCGCCGCCCCUCAAGUCAAUGCACCCUCUGGAUCAAGCAUGGCCCUCAGACGGAGGGCCCCUUCUCCCAAGACCGUCGAAGAGUGGGGUGUUUGGGCCAAGGCCCACCGCGAAGGGCUGCAGGCCAAGUACGGGAACCAGAAAUCGAAGCGGGGUACUGGGACAAAUCUGCUAACGAACCAGAACGGCGACUCGAGGUACUUUGGCUCAUUAGCCAUCGGCACACCUCCAGUAUCCUACAACGUCAUCCUCGACACCGGCUCCGCGGACCUCUGGGUAGCCGACUCCGCCUGCCUAACCGGCUGCGCCUCCGUGCCGACCUUCAACCCCUCCUCCUCCAGCACCUUCGUCAACGCCUCCACCGUCUUCUCCAUCACCUACGGCUCCGGCCAGGCAGCGGGCACCCUCGGCACGGACGUCGUCCAGAUGGCCGGCUUCUCGGUCACGAACCAGGUGUUCGCGGUGUGCAACCAGGUGUCCCAAGGGUUGUUGACGAACCCGGUGAGUGGGUUGUUGGGCCUGGCGUUCCAGACGAUUGCGGCGAGUCGCGCGGAGCCGUUCUGGCAGACGUUGGUGGCGAGUGGGGCGUGGGAUGAGCCGCUCAUGGCGUUCCAUUUGACGAGGUUCAUCAACGCGACAGACGUCGAGUCCGAAGAACCCGGCGGCUCCUUCUCGAUGGGCUACACCAACACGAGCCUCUACACCGGCGACAUCGACUACGUCAGCAUGCCCGUGCAGGGCUCGUACUGGAUCCUGCCCAUGACAGAGCUGCAGGUCAACGGCAACGCCGUGUCGCUACCGUCCGGGCAGCAGUCGUACGCCGCCAUCGACACGGGCACGACGCUCGUCGGCGGCCCGGCGGCGUACAUCGCAGAGAUAUUUGCACAGAUACCCGGGUCGCAGGCGGGGACGGGGAAUUUUGAGAGUUAUUAUACUUAUCGCUGCGACACGACGGUCAAUGUGACGAUCUCGUUUGGGGGCACGCGCAGCUGGACGAUCAGCCCAGCCGACUUCCAGCUCUCGCGACUCUCAAGAACAACAUGCCUCGGCGCAUUCUUCGAGCUCCAGACAGGCAGCUCCGCACCCUCCUGGAUCGUCGGCGACACCUUCCUCGAAAAUGUCUACUCGGUCUUCCGCUACAACCCCCUUUCCAUCGGGUUCGCCGAGCUCUCCACGACCGCGCUGGCAAGGAACGGCGUCGACGAGGCCGCACCCAGCGCGACCAUCGGCUCCGCAGCCGCCACCGUCUCCGCCACGCGCAGCCCGACGUCCAACGCCGCCGCAGGGAGCACGGCGACGAUCGGCCACCAUGCGAGCGUCGUCUCGAGGGCGAUGGUUGUCGCCCCGGUGUUGGUCUGGUCGGUCAUGAGCCUGUUUACGGGGUUUCUGGUGUAGG